CCUAACCUCAAAAACAGGAAUGCUUUCAUAAUAUAACCUAUAAUCCAAUUUACGUCAACUCGACUACAACAUCAAGAAAUAACUGCGAAAUAUCUUUGUAAUCUUCAAAUUGCAUAUCAUCGUGCAAAAAUUGAACUACUAAUACUAUAUCUCUGCUACAAUGUCUUGGAUACAAUUUGAAAGCGGUAGAGCAAAAGAUGCUGCGAGAAAUGCACUUCGAGAAUCACGUAAAAAAAUAUUGGAAAAGGCGGAAACUGAAUAUCACAAAAAGCAGAUGCGAGAGGAACAAUCUAAACUCAGAGGCGACAAUAAAUGGAUGCUGCCCACUGUUGAGGCUAAAAUAAAGGGGGAUAAGAAAGCAGCAAAGAAACGAAAAAAGGCGAAAGAAAAGAAGUCAAAGAAGAAGAAAAAAUGUCGAUCGAAGUCAAGCUCGAGUUCAGAAUCGAGCAAAGAAGAAGAAGAAGAUGAGGAAUGGGUUGAGAAGACUGAUUCAAUUGAAAAUAAAAGUUUGUCAAUACUGACGCAGCCCAAGCCUGAAAUUCUAGCUCCUGCUGUCAGAGAUGAAUGGAUGAAUCUGCCAGGUUUAUUUCCCUGCAUUAAUCACAAUGAGGAAAAAAAAUCAAAAAAUGAGGAAAAGGCAGCAGAAAAAAGAGAUAGGGCAAGCAUAGAACAGCUUGGUAAAAGUGAAAGAGAGCUCAAUCCGUAUUGGAAAGAUGGUGGGACAGGAUUACCUCAAACUGAGAACCAAAAUAACAGUGAUAAUAGAAGCAAGAUCGAUGCCAAAUGGUUAAGAAAAAGUCUACAGAGAGCUGAAGAACAAGCCAAUGAAGAGGGAAGGAGCUUGGAAGAAGUAGCUGCGGAAAGAUGGGGGUCUUUGGCAAGGCUACAGUCCUUGAUAGUCCAAGCUGAAAGCAAAUCGCACUCUAUAACAAAAAGUAGGUAUGAUCAAGAACAGGGCAAACGCCAUGUUAGGAACAGAGAAGAAACAGCCGACAGACAUCAUCAGGGACGGAGAAAUCGAAGUGGUAGUAGAGACAGCAGGGAUUCAAGAAGACAUACGAAUUCUGAAAGACAUAAACGAACGUCACGAUCCAAAAGCAAAGAGCGACACCGAAAAUCGAGAAACGAAGAACAUACAAGAGAAAGGUCCAGAAGUAGAGAGAGAUAUGAUCGACAAAGCAAUUCCAGGUUUCAUGAGCGUAAAUUGGCAUUCAAGAAACCAAGCCAAGACGAGUACUCUAAUGUUGCAAGUACAAUUAAGUCAACAUUGUCUUCUCGUUCGAAAAACUGGAAGAAACCUGAAGCUUUGACUAGAGAAGCCGAAAAGCAAAGUAAAGUUCCACCAUCCAGACGCAAGUCAAUAUCAGAAAGCGAGGAGAGUUCAGAUUCAGAGACUAAUGAGAAUGCAGUUGAAGAAACCAUUAUGACUGAGGCAGAGAUGAAUCAGUUAGGAGCUAAAAUUGUUAAAUGCGAAAUAAUGGGAGACGAUGAAUUGGCGGCAAAAUUAAAAGCCCAGCUUGAAAAAGCCCGAGAAGCUCGUAAAAACGCUCCGGCGAAACGGACUGUAGACCGUGAGGAAACAACCGUAAUUUUGACGAAAACCGAUUCCAGAGGAAUGACGAGACCUGUGGAACCCAGAAGCGAGUAUCCAGAAUCUAAAGAUCCCCGUGGUAAAAACAAGAAAAAGAAAGUUGACACUCACGAGGCGGGACAGAGAGUUCGAUACUUUGCUGACGACGACAAAUAUUCAUUGAAAGAAAUGUUUCAGCAAGAAAAAGGCCGUUCGACCAAUGAGGAUGACGCGAUGUUUACGAAGAUUGCUUCAAAGACAAUGGAUAUGGAUGAAAUGUUUGAAGACACAGUACGUUUCAAGGAAAGGGAUACAAAAGAAGACGAGCGCGAUCGUUUGCAGGCAAUAAAACAACACGAAAAAAUGACCAAGAGUCUAGACAACUGCAGGUGGUGCAUAGAUUCUAAGCAAAUGCUUAAACACAUGAUUGUUGCAAUGGGUUCCAAGGUCUACAUGAGUCUACCCUCUCACGGAUCUCUUACUACUGGCCAUUGCAUUCUCGCUCCGAUACAUCAUGUUGUUUGUCAGACACAACUGGAUGAAGAUGUGUGGGAAGAGCUGCAGAUUUUUAGAAAAGCCAUUACCAAAAUGUUCAUGGACCAAGAAGAGGACGUUAUAUUUUUCGAAACUUCUAUGAUGCAUAGGAAAUUUCCUCACAUGCAGUUGGAAUGCAUACCAAUGCCAAAGGAGAUUGGAGAUUUGGCCCCCAUAUAUUUCAAGAAAGCUUUGUUGGAAUGCGAAACGGAAUGGUCUACUAACAAAAAAGUCAUAGAUCUCAGUGCAAAAAAUGUUAGAAAGUCCAUACCAAAAGGCUUACCUUAUUUCGCAGUGGAUUUCGGUAUGGAAGGAGGUUUCGCGCACGUAAUUGAGGAUGAAGAAAUGUUCCCUAAGAACUUUGCACAGGAAAUUAUCGGUGGCAUGUUGGAUCUGGAUCGCAACACGUGGCGGAAACCAAAACGGGAAAAUUUUGAUCAACAGAGAUCAAAAGUGAUGGAAUUCGCUAAAAUGUGGAAAAAGUAUGACUUUACCGUCGGCGAUUCAAACUAAUUUUACUCGUACAAAAUCACCGUAAUGAUUAAAAUGUACAGUAAACAAAAAAAAGUUCAAAAGAACAUUGCGUAAUAAUUUUAUGUAUAUACUUUACGUGAAUGGUGAAUAAGUUUUA